CGUUUUUUGUUGUCUGUUGUUUUUGAUGAAUUUGGAGGAGUGGGUUAGGGUUCGAAGGGGGAGUUCGGGUUGAGUUUUCCCUGGUGGUUUUCGGUAGCAAAAGCUAAAUUUUGGGAACGUAAUUAAUAUUUUUUGAUUUUUCUUUUUUUAUUCCAACCUCUUUUUUUACUCCUUAUGUGGAUUGUCUUAAAUGCUGAUUUCUUUUGGUUUCUCUAAUGUCGAUUUUUUUUCCCAAAAAAGAACGGGUCUGGAUCGGUUUCUUUUCGUUAAAAUGGGUUUCUGUAGAUCCUUUAGAAUCUCAUCAUGCUAGCGGAGUGUGGACAUCCUGUUUUUGGGUUCUUUGAUGGCCAAAACUGGGUUUUUAAUCAUUUUAGUGAUGUCGUAGUUGUUCUUCUCUCCCUGUCUUGUUUUUCCAUUCAGUAUCUGGAGUUACUAGAAUUCAAUGUCAAUUGUUGUUUUCUGUUUGCGCUUCCUGAUUCCUUUAAUUCUGUUUUAAUUUGAUUUAUGGGUCUGUUGCUUUUUGACUACUUAUUUAUCUUUGUUUUCUUCUCAUUGGAAUCCAUUCCUGUUGUGCUUGCAGAUUGAAAAAUUGAGAUGCCCCUUUCUUUAACCAUUCUUUGUCUCUGUUGAGGUUCAUCAAUUAAUUAUGCAAAAUACUUCCUUCUCUGUCCCCUGUUGUUGGUUUCCUUAGUUUCUUGAGCUCUCCCUGCCUUUACGAUUUUCAAUGACUAACAAGCUAUAUUUUGAGAUCAGGUUCUGAACAUGAAUCGCACGACAAAUGGAAGCGACAACAGAAUGGUUCCAAACGACCAGGCUGACUCGCCUUCGAUUGAUGAAGGUAGUAGUGGGGGAUCGCUGACGAGGAGGAGGCCAAGUUUUCGAUAGAAGGGACCAUGGACAUCUGCAGAGGAAUGCAAUUUUGGUUGAUUAUGUCAAACAAACAUGGUGAGGGAAAUUGGAAUGCUGUCCAGAAGCACUCAGCGGCUGUUUCGAUGUGGCACAAAGCUGUCGUCUGCGAUGGGCUAACCAUCUGAGACCAAAUCUCAAAAAAAGGUGCUUUCACACUGGAAGAGGAGAAUACAAUCAUGAACUCCAUGCUAGGAUGGGCAACAAAUGGGCUCGAAUGGCUGCACAUUUACCGGGACGGACAGAUAAUGAGAUAAAAAACUAUUGGAACACCCGGAUCAAGAGACGCCAGCGAGCUGGUUUACCCCUUUAUCCUUCUGAUGUGUGUCACCAAGCUUCAAGUAAGAAUCAACAAAGUCGGACUGCUACUGAGUAUGGAACUGGUGAAAAACGGCCCAAUGAGGUCUUGCAAGGAAACAGUUUCAAUCUUCCUGAUGUUAUAUUUGACAAAUUCAAUGCCGAUCAAGGGGCUUUAUCUUAUGCAGCGCCAUUUCCAGAUAUUUCAGUGAGCAGCAUGCUGAGUCAGGGAUUUGGAUCCCAAAAUUAUAGCUUCAUGAAUCCAACGUGGAACAGUGUGAAGCGGCUUCCAGAAUCUGAAUCAGUACUUCCUGGCUUUCAUGGUACUGUCUCUCACGGACUUCCUACAUUUGAGCAGUAUUCACAUGAGCCUUCUGAAAAGAUCCAGCGGAGCUUUGGUUUAGAUUAUCCCUAUAAUCCAGAACCCAGUAGCAAGAUCGUGGUACCUUUUGGUGGUGCAGUCCCUGGUAGCCAUGCCCUCUUAAAUGGCAAUUUCUCUGCUUCCAGGCCCCUUGGUGGGACUGUGAAGCUGGAGCUCCCUUCACUCCAAUAUCCAGAAACUGAUCUUAGUAGCUGGCUUGCUUGCCCUUCUCCACCUCCUGAGGCAACAGAUACCUACAUCCAGGCUCCUCCAGCAACUGUGUCAGUGCAAUCUGAAUGUGUCUCACCAGGGAACAGUGGUUUAUUGGAAGCGUUGCUUCACGAGGCGCAGGCACGCAAGAAUCAACCAUCUGAGAAGAGCUCAAGUUCUCCUGUUACACAAGGUGACAUGGUAGAAAGUUCAGGGUUUAACCUUUGCGAGGCAGAAUGGGAAGAGUACAAUGAUCCAAUUUCGCCCUUGGGCCGACCUGCUGCUUCUGUCUUUAGUGAGUGCACCCCUCCCACUAGUGGUGGUUCACCGGAUGAGAUUCCGCCUUCCAAAGCGCCUUCCAGUUUGGAUAUCAUGGUAGCUGCUGAUGAACUUGUUUCAACCCCAAAUAUGGGAGAUAGAGACAUUUCACCCUGUCCAGAUUUCUUAAGGCCUGAUGCUUUACUUGAAGGGACAGAUUGGCUGGAGAACUCCGAGGCUGCCAACGAGCACUCUGCCUUGAAUGAUGCCACAGCAACACUUUCUGAUGAAGAUUUCUGCAGUGAGUACAAGCAAGUACCUACUGGAAUGUUAUCUGCAUUUGCUCAAGGAUUGGGCCUCGACUUGUAUCCAUGGAACAACAUGCCUCGUGCAUGUCAUAUGUCUGAAUUUCCUUGAAGUCAGUUAUGGGACUUGCUUCAGUAUUUGUUUGCCGUUGGUUGUUCAAAUAGGAUGUUUUCUUAAUGGACACAUGGCCAGGCAGGAGAAGCUAUGUGACCGCAUGUUCAGUUGUUGCUGUCGUUUUCUAAGGUUUGAUGAUGGCAAGUCUUUCUUGUCGGCAUUGAUGCACCGCAGGUGGUGCAGUUAGCCUAGGUGAACUCUUGCUCUAGACUUUUGUUACGUUUGUAGUAACUUCUGAAACUUGGUUAGAAACAAUUCCAUUAUUUGGGAUGCUGAUGUUGAUGGCCUCUAGUUUCCAUGUGGUUUGCUGACAGCUUAAGAUCCUUUGUGUGUGCUUCCUCCCUGAGAAGGAUUAAGCAUUGAAGUGUCGCUUGCUUUGCCAUUAGAUUGGCUUGUUUUGUUUUUUUAUUGUUCCCCUAGUUUGAAGAUUGUUUUUCAAGCAUGAAAUCAUUCAUCUUAAAUAAUGUGGUUAUUUUGCUUCUCAAAACUAGAAAGAAUGUUUCAUUCCA